GGCGGGCCGAGGCGGCCAUGGCGGGCCCGGGCGGAGCUGUCAUUGCCGGGGGCAGAUGCCUGCACACCACGGUGAAGUUUCUGAGGAAAACUGGAACUAAGCAAAGGUGGUUGGAGCGGCACUUGAAGGAUCCCUUUGUCAAGGCAUCGAAGCAGCAGCAGUACCGGUGCCGAAGUGCCUUCAAGUUGCUGGAAAUUGAUGACAAGCUCUGUGUUCUUCAUCCAGGAUUUUCUGUUCUUGACUGCGGAGCAGCACCUGGUGCUUGGAGCCAGGUUGCUGUAGAGAGGGUCAAUGCCUUAGGUACUGAUGCUGCUGUCCCCACUGGCUUUGUGCUUGGCGUUGACCUGCUGCGGAUUUCUCCUCUGGAAGGAGCAGUUUUCCUGUCGGAGGCUGACAUGGCAGAGCCCAGCACGCUGAGGGCCAUCCAGAGCCUGCUUCCCUUGGGGAAGGCAGAUGUCAUCCUGAGUGACAUGGCGCCCAACGCCACGGGCAUUAAAGAGCUGGAUCACCAGAAGCUGAUCAGUCUGUGCUUAGGUCUCCUGGAUAUAGCCCAAAGCAUUUUAAAGCCAAAAGGAACGAUGCUCUGUAAAUUCUGGGAUGGAUCCGAGGCCCGCCUGCUGCAAAACAGACUGAAGGAGCAGUUCCAGGAUGUGAGAACUAUAAAGCCUCAGGCCAGCCGGAAGGACUCUGCAGAAUCUUAUUACUUGGCAAGGCUGUACAGAGGGAAAUGAAAGUCAUGAGCUGCAGAUUCUGUGAAUUUGACUGGAAAUCUCAGUUUAGUGUGUGUUUAAAGGAAAAUCCCACCAUUCAGACCUUGGGGAAGUUUGCUACUCUUCUUUAAGUCCGUCACGCUUUUCAAAUACUUGUGGACAAAAUGGUUGGGAAUGGAAAGGAAUAAUCUGAAAGGCAACCUCUGGGGCUGGAGUAAUGGAAAUGGAAAUAAAACACUGAUUAUAUGA